GAGCAAAAAAGAAAAAAAACAAUAAAGACCGUAUGAGCGGACAUAAAUCCGCUGUUUACGUUCUCUCCAAAUCCUCCCAAUUGACAUUUCUGGGAUUAAAUUGAAACAAGAAACGCAGAUUUCACACAGCACGCACACUAGUGUAGAGAAAGAGGGAGAGUUCUUGUCUCCAUUGAUUGAUUUAAUGGGGUUUUUUUGAUUUUUUCUAGUCAGUUUCUCUCAUCUCUCUCGUUGGGAUUUGUUGGUUGAGAUUUUCCUGCGGAUUCCUUGAUUUGAAGAAGCUGAAUUUGAAAAAAGAUGAUCAAGAUGGGAUCCGAUGAGAAUUUUCCGGGCGUGAUCAAGCCUUCUUCAAACGCUCAAGGGGAAUUGAAGGCAGGAGUUGGAAAAUUUGCAGUUGGUGUGGGGAAUAACAGAAGGGCUUUGAGUGCAAUCAACAGAAACAUCAUUGGAGCUCCUCCUUAUCCUUAUGCUGUUCACAAAAGAGGAGUUUUGACAGAGAAAAACGAGGCCGAUAACCAGAAUUUUGUCGGUCCAGUGCAUCGUCCUGUUACAAGGAGGUUUGCUGCUGGAUUGGCUGGAAAAGAGCAGCAUUCAUCACUUGAGGAAGUCAAGCCCCAAGUUCAUCGAACUUCAAGCACGAACCAACCCUACGACUGCAUCAUUAUCGAUGCAGAUGACUACAAGAAUGUGGAUGAUCAUGAUGUGCCAAUGUUUGUGCAACAUACAGAAGCUAUGCUGGAAGAGAUUGAUCGAAUGGAUGCAGAAGUUGAAAUGGAAGACAUCGACGGGGAGGAGGACGAGGAAGAGCCACUAAUCGAUAUAGAUAGCUGUGAUAAGAGCAAUCCACUUGCAGUUACCGAGUACAUUGAUGAUCUAUACAUUUACUAUAAAAAGAUGGAGAGCUUAAGCUGUGUCCCUCCAAACUAUAUGGCACAUCAAUCUGAUAUCAACGAACGAAUGAGAGGCAUCCUUAUCGACUGGCUGAUUGAGGUUCAUUACAAAUUCGAACUGAUGGAUGAGACGUUGUAUCUAACUGUCAAUCUCAUCGAUAGAUUCUUAGCUCUCCAGCCAGUGGUGAGGAAGAAACUGCAGCUAGUUGGUGUGACUGCGAUGCUCCUUGCUUGCAAAUACGAGGAAGUCUCUGUCCCCGUAGUCGAGGAUCUAGUUCUGAUAUCCGACAAAGCUUACUGCAGAAAAGAAGUCCUAGAUAUGGAGAAGUUGAUGAUCAAUACCUUGCAGUUCAAUAUGUCGUUGCCAACGCCCUACGUGUUCAUGAAACGUUUCUUGAAAGCCGCUCAAUCUGAUAAGAAGCUGGAGCUGCUGUCAUUCUUCAUAAUCGAGCUCUGCCUCAUUGAGUAUGAGAUGCUUUGCUUCCCCCCUUCGAUGCUGGCAGCUGCUGCGGUCUUCACUGCAGAAUGCACUCUCAGUGGAUGCAAGAAAUGGAGCAAGACAAGCGAAUUGCACACGAGUUACACUCGAGAACAGCUCAUGGAAUGCGCGACGCUUAUGGCAAGUUUCCAUCGUAAGUCGAGAACUGGGAAGCUCAGUGGUGUGCAGAAGAAGUACAAUACUUCCAAAUAUGGCUACGUUGCGAAAAUCGAACCUGCUGCUUUUCUCAUCGAUGCUGAUUUGCAUUGAUCAAUGCUGCACAGACUGACAUAAGCUAACACUGUUUCUGGGGUUGGGAAGAUUGGGCGACAAGCAACAGAAGUUGCCUCUCUCCUGGGAUCUGCAGAAGUCAGAUUUUCUUGUUAAUGAUGGGUUUGUGUAAUUUUCUCCAAGAAAAUUCACUGUUUUUUUCUUGUUUAUGAACUUUGAUGUGUAUAGUUUAGUUUUACUACUGAUGUUGAUGGGAUUUUCACCUAAUUAUAUAUCAGUUAAACUUUCUUCA